GUCACUGUGGGUAUAUCCUCAAAGCAAUCACCAAGAUCCCUCCAAUUUGAGUGUUUGUUUCUCUUUAUCUUUUUUCGCUGCAAUGGAAUCCGCCGCAUCAGAAAUAGCCAUCGAUUUCCCUCCGAUGCUCCGGGCCUACAAGGACGGUCGCAUCGAGAGGUUUUUAGGCACUCAAAUCGUACCACCGGGCCUCGACCCCAAAACCAACGUCGAAUCCAAAGACGUCUUGUACUCCCAAGAAACCUCCCAGUCCGUGAGGAUUUACACCCCCUUAAACGCCGCCGGAAAACUUCCUCUCCUCGUGUAUUUCCACGGCGGAGGCUUUUGCAUAGAGACCGCCUACUCCCCCACGUAUCACGGUUACUUAAACGCCUUGGUCGCCGAAGCUAAUAUCGUGGCCGUCUCCGUCGAUUACCGACUAGCACCGGAGCACCCCCUCUCCGCCGCCUACGACGAUUCGUGGGACGCCGUUAAAUGGGUCGCGUCCCAUCGCGACGGAAACGGCCCUGAAGAAUGGCUGAACCGCCACGCCGAUUUAAACAACGUUUAUUUCUCGGGUGAUAGCGCCGGUGCAAAUAUUGCCCACCACAUGGCUGUUAAAAUGACAAAAGAAAAGAUCGACGGUGUCCAUCUCGAGGGCAUCAUUUUAGCUCAUCCUUAUUUCUGGGGAAAAGAACCAAUCGCCGACGAGACCAAGGAUCUGGUCACAAGGGACAAAAUAGAUACACUUUGGCGAUUGUCCUAUCCGAACACCAGUGGGUCCGAUGACCAAUGGAUCAACCCAAUUGACGACCCGAACUUCGGGGGCUUGGGGUGCAACCGGGUGCUCGUUUGCGUUGCUGAAAAGGAUAUUCUGAAACAGAGAGGCGUGUAUUACUGCGAGAAGCUGAAGCAAAGUGGAUGGGGAGGUGAAGUGGAGCUGAUGGAGGCUAAAGGAGAAAAUCAUGUCUUCCAUUUGCACAACCCCGGUGGCGAAAAUGCUGCGGCUAAGCUGAAGAAAGUUGCAGAUUUCAUCAACAAUGGUAAGGCUUAAAGCCUUAAAAGUAGUAGUGAUCAGUAUUUCUUUGAAUUAUAUCAUAUGAACCAGUAUUUCAAUUCAAAAAGCAUAUGCCAUCUCCGACUAUGGAGGUGAACAGAUUAGUGUCGGUGUUACUUUUUUUUAUUUUCAGUGAAAUAUGCUGCUACUUGCUUAUCUA